GGGAAGUUCCAGGGCAGGGGUCCCUAUAAACCUGGCCUGCUCCGGCCCCUGCAGGUCCUGGGCCCCAAGCCUGCUCUGAAGGAGGGCAACCCCGAGGAAGACCUCACAGCUGACAAGGCAAAUGCCCAGGCCGCAGCGCUGUAUAAGGUCUCUGAUGCCACUGGACAGAUGAACCUGACCAAGGUGGCCGACUCCAGCCCCUUUGCCCUUGAACUGCUGAUAUCUGAUGACUGCUUCGUGCUGGACAACGGGCUCUGUGGCAAGAUCUAUAUCUGGAAGGGGCGAAAAGCGAAUGAGAAGGAGCGGCAGGCAGCCCUGCAAGUGGCCGAGGGCUUCAUCUCACGCAUGCAGUACGCCCUGAACACUCAGGUGAGGAGAUGCCCAUGCCCCAGCCUCCUCCUAGGGCUCUUCCUGUGGCCCCUGACCCCUCAAAUUGGCCAGGAAGGGCAAGAGCGCCUCGGGCACUGUCAGGAACAACCAGGCCUCCCUCUUAGACCCAUCCAGUGGGAAAGCCCAUCUCAAUCCUUCAAAAUGUCAAAAUACUUAUUAUUUUCAAAGAGGAUGUUGGGCAGCACUCCCCUGGGCACACAGAGAACUGGGUGCUCCUCCUCUGGGCUAUUGCCCCUGGCUGGUGCCACCCCUCCAGCCGCAGCACAGUGUCUACAAGUCAUCCCGCGGGGAGCUGACAGGGCUCACCUACAGUUGGUGGUGUUUAUUGAACUGUGCAUCCAUGUCCUUGAAGCAUUCUGUUGCUUCAGUCUGCGUCCCUGAAACCUUGGUUCUCAUCUCGUGGCUCA